GUCAUCAUUCCAUAACCCGGUCCUAUUUAAAGAGCAAAAUGAUAAAAAUAGCAGUAUUAGCAAAAAUACACGUGGAAUAUUAAAUAACUAUGAUACUAAUAAUGAAACACAAAUAGAACUAGAACAUAACCAAGAAAUUUCAGAAAAAUUACCCUUGACCCGAGUAGAAAUAAAUGUUAUUGGUGAUAAUGAACACAAAAUCUAUCUUGAUACACCUAUUUCCAAAACGUCAAUUCCUCUAAUAUUAUCCUUACAUGAAACUUUAUCAAAUUCAGGAAGUACCAAUGCAGCUAAAAGUUAUACUGUUAAAGAAUUGAAUGACUCUCUUGAAACUCUUGAAAACAAGUCAAAAUUAAGUGAACAAGAAAAAAUACUUUUAGGCAACACGAACGAGAGUCCUGCUGAAAAAAAUUAUAGCAAUAUUUCAUUGAACCCAAUUGAAAAUACCUUAUCGAAAGAUAUUGCAGAAACACUGAAAUGUGUUGAUGAUAAUAGUGUCUUUUUUGAUACAGCUGUAUCGUUAGAUAAAAAUAUUGAUGAUCAACAAAGCAAAAUCACCAAAUUUGAUAACAUACAACAAAUGCUUUCGUCACAAUUAUAUGAUGAUGCACAAUGCGCUGAUGGACAUGAAUUACUAGAUAAACACGGUGUGUUGAACGAACCACUUGAACAUUUCUCAACUCACGAAGGUUCACUACAUUUAGUUAAAUCGAGCAUGUAUAAAGACAAUAAUUUUGAUACCAAUAAGAUGAAUAAUGAAAAAUUGACAACGAACGCAUCUGACAUUGAACACACUACCAAUAAAAAUAAUGAAAGUCGUCUAUCAACAAAAGAAUACAACCAAUAUUUCUUAGAACCAAUAGAACGAACAAAAAACACUGGCCAAGAUAACAAAAAGGAAAAGCCAAACGGAUUUAACUUUUAUCAAAACCAUGAUGAAAAUUUUAACGACGGUGAUCUACCAAUUGAACAACUGAAGGUACAGGUUUUUGAGAGUAAGCUGUCAAUACACGGAAAUACUCAAAAUGAAAAUAAUGGCGAAGACAUGAACUCGAAUGAUAUGAAUUUUAUAAAAAAUAGAAAAAAUUUUUUAGGAAAAGAUAUCAAUAUACAAUCAAGCGAUACUUCAGCAAAAUAUUCCUCAGGUGAAAAUAAUGUUUUUUCUACUAAACAAUUUGAAAUUGAAGCAUUUAAAAGGAAGUCAUCGAAUCAAGCAAAUUUUGAAAAUAAAGAUAUUGUUCAACUAAAUGAUGGGAACGGCAGAGAUUCCAUGACAUAUGGAAAUGUAAGUUAUUAUGAUUCUAAAGGAAAUCCACAAACAAUACUAACAUCUGCUGAAUCAGAAGUAAAUGUUCAUGAAUCUCGUAAUCGUCAAGGCUCCAAUCAAAAUAAUAUCAAGGAUAAUAUUAUUAGGGCUGAGGAAAACAAUGCAAGAUCUGACUCUGAUUUUGUUAAAUAUCAUAAUGAUUCAAUGAAAAAAUUUAACCAAUAUUUCUUAGAUCCAAUGGAGAGCAAACUAAACACUGGCCAAGAUAACAAUAAGGAAAAGCGUGCCGAUCUUAACUCUUAUCAAACCAAUGAUGAAAAUAUGAAUGAUUUUCCUUUGGAUAAACCCAAUGUACAGUCAAUGUACAGUUUUGAGAGUAAAAAGUCAAUACAAGCAAAUACUGAAAAUGAAAAUAAUGGCUAUUUUAUGAAUUUGAAUUAUAUAAACUCAAUAAAAAAUAUAAAAAACUAUUCCAAAGCAACACUACAAGAUAUAGAAGCACUUAGAACUGUCGAUAUUUAUAUGAAUGCUCACUCGCAAAAUAUUACACGAGAGAAACCAGACAACGAAGCUAUGGGACAAAAUUUUGUUACGGAUAAUAUAGCAUUAAAAAAGAAGGAUACUAAUACCCAAUCAAGUAAUACGUCUGCCAUGAAUCCCGCGGGUGAAGAUAAAGAUUUUUCUUAUGAAAAAUUCAAAAGUGAAGGAUAUAAUGGGAAGUCAUCGAAUCAACCAAAUUUCGAAAAUAAAGAACUUGAUCAAUUAAAUUAUGAGAUUGGCAGAGAUUCAACAUCAUACGUGAAUAUUGGUUAUUAUGAUGAUUCUAAAGUAAAUCCACAAAUUGUAUCAACAUCUGGUGAAUUAGAGGUAAAUAUCAAUGAAUCCUGUAGUCAUCAAGGCUCCUACGAUAACAAUAUCAAGGAUAAUAUUUUAAGUGCAGAGGAAAACAAUACAGGAUCUGACUUUAAUUUUGUUAAAUAUCAUACUGAUUCAAUAAAAUCAUCAAAUCGACUGGACAUUGCCCAUUCUGUUAUAGCAGGUGAAAGAGUCCGUAUAGAUGAGAAAACAGGUGAUUUAUUUAAUAACCCUGAAAUGGACCCGAAUACCAUAAAAACAAGUAAAGAAUUAUUCACCGAAAAAACGCAAACGAAACUCAAUGAUAUAGCUGAAGAUGAAGGGCAAAUUCUUAUUAAUUCUAGCUCUGAUUCCGAUAAAUUUCAAGCAGAUGAAAAAAGUAAAUUAUUGCAUUUUACGAACAUAGAAAAAAGAAACAUUGCGCAAUCCGUAAACUCCAACAAUGAACUCAAAUUUAAUCAAACUACUCUGGAAACAUGGGAUGAACAAUUAUCUAAUAAAAUUGAUGUGAGAAAUGUUAGUGCCCCCACAUUAAACGUGUCUGAUACAAAAUCAAGUCAAUCGGCAGCAAAUAAAUCUAGUGUCUCAAUACAAAAAAUAAAUGCAAACUCGAUAAAACCCGAUUCAAUCUACAAGGUUAAACAUGGUGACGGUACUUAUUUAUUACCGCAAAAAGAAAAUGAAUGGACUAUACCAAGUAAGGUUGACAGAAACCUAGGCAGGAUUUCUAGUCAAAGUAAUCGUCUAAAAGAUUUUGAUAGAAAACCAUCUAGUAGCAGCAGUCGAGACAGAGAAUGCCACAAUAGUCGAGGAUCAUCAAAUGCUUACGAGGAAAAAUUAUUUGGUUUAGAUUUUGCGAUACAAAUGAAUAUUGACAAGAAAAAUAAAAAAAUAUUUAAAACUAUUGAUUCCACGAACCUUCCACCAGAUACUGAUUCAAUUAUUGCAUUAAAGUCAAAAAUAAGGAUAAAUGAUGAUCAAUUGAAAAUUCCUAUAGAUGCUGAUACGGACAUCGUCUUGCAAAUAAUAAGAAAAGAUAAAAAAGAAAACAAUAUUCUAUCCCUACAGUCAAACCAAGGUACUUUUAAUUUAGAUACGCAGAAAGAUUUACAGCAAAGUGGAACAAUUCAGGAAAUAUUAACUAGCAUUUACGAACAAAAUUUAAUUCCCGUGGAAAACUUGUUACAUGAUUUAAGAGAAGAAGUUGAUAUAUUAACACAAAAUCAAUCACAAAUUCAAACUAUGUUGUCUGGAAAGAAAAUAAUAUCUAUGAAAUUAAACAAUAAUGUUAAGCGAUGUGGUUGUCCUCGAAGACAUUAGCCGCAAGAAAAAUAAUAAGCAGCUAAUAAAUAAUUGAAUUAAGGGUAUAUGAGCUAGUUGCUUUAAACAAGUAGACUAGCACUUUUUACCAGUGGAAGGCUCUUUUGCACAGGAUGCUGGCUACAUUAUGGGUAGUACAACGGUGCCUAUUUCUGCCGUGAAGGGUCUGACGGGCGACGUGGCUAGUGAAAUUACUGGGCAAAUGAGACUUAACAUCUCAUAUCUCAAGGUGACGAGCUCAAUUUUAGUGCCGCUUAGAAUUUGUGGGCUUUUCAAGAAUCCUGAGCGGCACUGCAUUGUAAUGGGCAGAUCCUAUCAAUUACCAUGAGCUAAACGUCCUGCUCGUCUCGUCCCUUAUUUCCAUAAAAAAUACUUACAAAAACAAAAAUAUUAAAAAAGCAAAACAGAAAAACACAUAAUUAUAAUGAUGAUAUUCAAUUAAAUCUAAGGUUCGACUCCAAGGAUAAUACAGUCGAGAAAGUUUGUAUAGAAAAAUUAACACUAAUUUUUCUUCUUAAUUCCACCUUCGCAUGGUAUGCAAUCAACUUCGAUAUCAUUACCACCUGUUCGUUUUCAAAGAACUUUGUGCCCAGACUAACCAAACAAUGGAAUUUGCCGGACCAUACGACGAUACCUUCAAAGAAUCCUCGAACACCUUCCUAAAAUGCCGGCAACGUUACUGUUUUCCUGGUGUUGCAAGUGAAUGUGGGGGGCGCUGGUUCUGUACACUCGUUUGCCCUCCUCUUUAAUUAAAAAUAUAUUAUUAUUGUCAACUAACAACCUUACGGGCAUGGAUACAAAAUUUGCCUAUCUAACUAUGAUGAUAAGAUGAUAUUUUUUCAAAAUUCCUAGACAUACAAUAAUUUAUUUUAUAUCGUCUCUAUUAAUUAUAACAUUUUUCACUUUACUAAUUUUUGCAGACAAUUUUUUGCAUAGUCAUUAAUUAUGAAUUGUGAUAACCUUAGACUCUGUGACGUAGUAAAUAUUUUUAUCUCUUACUAUUUAUCACCUAAUUA